AUGACUAUCUCUACUCCCCUCAUCACUGUCUUUGGGGCCACUGGCAACCAAGGUGGUGCCGUUGCUAAAUCGCUCCUCAAGAACCCAUCCUUCAAGGUUCGAGCUCUCACGCGAAACCCGGAUUCGGCUGCAAGCCAGGCGCUGGCCGCUCAAGGGGCGCAGAUCCAGCAAGCCAACGGUUUCAGCAGCGAGUCCAUGCUGGAGGCAUUCCGUGGUUCCUGGGGUGUUUUUGUGAAUAUCAAUUCAGAUGACAAGGAAAUCAAAUCCCAAGGUCUCACGGAAUUUGACCUGGGUAGAACAAUCGUGGAUGCAGCAGCCGAAGCUGGAGUCCGCCAUUUCAUCUUCAGCACUGGCCCAGACUGCCACGCAAUUACCCAGGGAAAGGUCAAAAUGAACGCUGCAGACAGCAAGUACAAGAUUGAACAAUACGCCCGCCAGAUUGAGCGCUUUGAGUCUGUCAGCUUCAUUUGCGCUGCUUGGUUCCUAGAGAACUUCCUGGUCAAGGAGAUGGCACCGAUCUUUGGCGGAUUCCCCCAUGUGCCUGAUUCCGAAGGAUUUCUCACCUUCGUCGCUCCUAAAUGGGGUGGGAAGGAGGACGUGCCCUUCGUCAGCAUCGCUGAUGAUUUUGGGGAUAUUGUGCAAGGCAUGCUUCUUGAUCCUCUACGCUGGAACGGCCAGGUUAUCCACGGCUGCAGCGAUAUCUGUAGCUUUGAGGACCUCGUGUCUGGUUUUGAGAAACUGAGCGGACAGAAAUCCCGCUUCCAGCCGCUGCCAUCCUGGGAGGAUUUUGACACUCACGGAAUCCCCGAGUUGCAAGACACCAAGAUGAUGUUUGGCUUCACGCAGAACAACCAGGGCCGUUACUUCGGGCCUGAGCCGUCUGAGAAGAAUACGGCAAGUGAACUCAAGCGGGUUACGGCAUUGGCGCUUGGUCAGCCUGUAGAGGCACAGAAACUGACGACAGCAGGGGAGUGGUUCCAGAAGUACUUUCAGUUUCAGUAG